AACUCCUCAACGGUCCAAAGCAAAACCACUCUUUACUUCGCCCGCACUCCACUCCGGCUACGCUUGUAUGGUUAGAAGAAAAUUAUGAAACUGCCGAAGGGGUCUGUAUACCUAGAAGCACGCUGUACAUGCAUUAUGUAGACUUCUGUGCGAAAAAUUACAUGCAGCCGGUAAAUGCGGCAUCUUUUGGAAAAAUCAUCCGGCAACAGUUUCCUCAACUGACAACCCGAAGACUAGGCACAAGAGGGCAGUCUAGAUACCAUUAUUAUGGAAUAGCGAUCCGGGAAAAUUCGACGUACUUUCAAGUUUCAUUUUCAAAGAAAGGAGCCACGGGCUGCGAGCCUCGUAGGGAUGCUGCCAAACAGGCUCCUCUUUAUGCCACUAGAGCAAGAACCGGAACCGUUUUACCAGAAUUUCCAAGUGUUAAAGAUCUACAUUUACCUCCAACUGUUGACGUAGACAAGAUGAGUACAUUCCUAAUGAUGUACAGAACGCAUUGUCAAAGACUUCUUGACACAAUUGUUAGGGCGAGCUUCGAUGAGGUUCAGAAUUUUCUGUUGCAUUUUUGGCAAGGGAUUCCUCCACAUCUUCUACCAAUUUUGGAAUCGAACGCGCUUGUAAAUUUAGUUGGUGUUUGUGACUGCAUAUUAUAUCGCACCAUAUCCAAUGUUCUCUUACCGUCAAUGCUUCACACCCUACCAGAAAGUUUAACUAAAGUUGUUCGAAAGUUUGCCGAGGAGCUUGACUGCUGGUUGAAAGCAGCUAUUGCUCAUCUUCCAGAUAACCUCAAAAUUGUGAAGUUGGAAAUGGCUACAAGGUUCGCCCACACAUUACGACGACAAAUGUCUCUCAAUCAUUUAGCUCAAGCCUCUAGAAUGGUUGUUCACAACAGCGAUAUCACAUCUCAAAUGCUGCAUGAUUGGAGGCAACUCGAUUUAGAUGCUAUCUGCAGAGAAACGCUUUUCAGUACCGAACAUAAUGCCACAACUUGCCAAUUGAUAUUAAAAUUGGGACGAGAUUUUGAAACUCUCUUAGAAGAAGAAGCACCAAUUGAAGGCUAUAUUGAAUGGUUAGAGUCAUUAGUCAACAAAUGCGCCGUCCAUGCAAUAGGUAGGAGAAAAGGAGGAGGUCGCCGUCUGGCACGUCAGUUUUUGCUCUUGUGGUCUGCUUUUGGAACUCGUGUUAUCCGUGACAUGACACUACACAGUGCAGCUAGUUUCGGCUCUUUUCAUCUCUUGAGGCUCAUGUUCGACGAUUAUGUUCUCUUUCUCGUAGAGACUAUUCAUACAGAAGAUCAAAUGAAGGACUUCAUGAGAAAUCUCAUGAGUGAUUCCCCACCUCAAAUCACAGCAUUUUCAGAUUAUCAGACAUUGCCAAACAGUGUCGAAACAGAAAAUAUAGAAUCUUUUUCUGCGCAAUCCACCCCAAAUUAUGCUCCUUGUUCCUCUGAAUCUCCAACGGCACAUUACGAAGAAACUCCAUCAGAGGACUUAUCUUCUGGAUGGAUGCCUGGAGACUGUUAUCAAAGUUUCUAUCCUAGUGCUAACUCAUGCGAUAGUCGACGGUCAUGGAAUCCUUCAACCAGGCAUGAAAAUAAAGCAUAUAACUAUCAGCAAACAGCUCAGUACUUCAUCGUUAGUCAAGACGAUACGGGGUCAAUGCAACCUACUCAGCACGCUGGAUACGAUGAAGGUUAUAAUCGCCCCGAGGAAGCAUCUACAGAGCAAAGUGGUCCCUCUUCUAUCAUGUACACAGCUUCUGGAGCGAUUUACCAAAGUUACACAUUCGUUACGCAUGAUGCAGGAGCCCCUGACACACCUCCUCUGGCACCUGAUAAAAAAGUGCACCAUCAUCUUACAGUACGAAUGGAUGGAACUUUAUACUGCGAUGGCUGAAUUCCAAAUAAAUAGAUUACUCUUGAUUUUCUGUU